UAGUUAAUUAUACAUUAGUUAUAUACACACGUACUAAUCGAAAAAUAAGAGUGUUCUUUUUACAACUUGAUUCUUUUUCACAUUUUAUCUGUUCUAUAAAUGAAGAAAACAAAAUUGUUUCAAUUAUUUUAUAAACUUUAAAUCAGGCAAGCUGUUUAUGAAUCAACCAAUACUACAACAUUUUUCACUUAUGGGUUUGUGCUCAAAAAGUCAUUAAGGCUUCUCCCUUAUGCCUCUUUUUUUUUUUUUUUUUUUUAUUUUUUUAUUUUUUUGUAUUAUAUAUGUAUUAAACGUAGAAACUAGCAUAUGGUUAGAAUGCUGAAGUAUGCCAUGAAUGCAUUGUAAUACAAUGCUUUUAUGUCAUUUAUAUUCCUAGAGAUAAUGAGCUCUUUGGAAUUGUCAUGAUUAAUAUUAUAUAUAUUUUUUAGUGAACAUUACUAUUUAUAGGCUUGUUUUAAUUAUUAUUUUAAUAUUAAAGAGAAAGGCAAAUAAAAAAUGCUCCAAAAUUGAUCCUCAUAAUCGUGGCAGCAUAUGAUUCUAGUACCACCGACAAUAUAAAAGAGGUCUCAAUAACGAUUGAAAAUAUAAAAGGAUGAUAUGAAGAUGAAAACCCAAUAUAGAAAUAGAGAGAAACCCUUGUAUAUGGAGUGUGUCCCAGAACCUCAGAGAGCACAAUAUGGAGGUGGCAUUAUAGUAAAUCCAGGAUUUGAUCACAACAUUAAGGAUUGGACGGUGUUUGAGCAUGGAACAAUCAAGGAACGAACAUCAAAUGAUGGAAAUACAUUUAUUGUUGUCAGCAACAGAACACAACCAUUAGAUAGUUUAUCACAAAAAGUCCAACUGGAGAAAGAAAUGAUAUAUAUUUUUUCUGCUUGGUUCCAGCUGAGUGAAGGAAGUGACACAAUUUCUGUGGUAUUUAAAAUAAAUGGAAGUGAAUUGGUAAAAGGUGGCCAUGUGAUAGCAAAAUAUGGAUGUUGGUCUCUUCUAAAAGGAGGCAUAGUUGCAAAAUUUUCAAGCCCUGCUGAAAUCCUUUUUGAGAGCAAGAAUCCAAGUCCAGGUGUGGAAUUAUGGACUGAUAGUGUCUCUUUACAACCAUUCAACAAAACACAAUGGAGAUCACACCAAGCCGACAGCAUUGAGAGGGUACGUAAGAGCAAGGUGACAUUCCAAGUAAAUCAUCUAAACGAAACAUCAUUGGAAGGAGCAACGGUUGUCAUCAAACAAACAAAGGCAGAUUUCCCAUUCGGAUGUGGGAUGAACUAUCACAUCCUCACAAACAUUGAGUACCAGAAAUGGUUUGUGUCAAGAUUCAAGUACACAACUUUCACUAAUGAGAUGAAGUGGUAUAGUACAGAGAAAAUUCAAGGCCAGGAAAACUAUACUAUUCCUGAUGCCAUGCUGAAAUUUGCCAAAGAAAAUGGCAUUUCUGUCAGAGGUCAUGCCAUUUUGUGGGACGAUGAAAGAUUUCAGCCCCAAUGGGUGAAGUCCCUAUCUCCUGAAGAAUUACGAGAAGCGGCUGCAAAAAGAAUGAAAUCUGUGGUUUCAAGAUAUAGUGGACAAUUAAUUGCAUGGGACGUUGUGAACGAGAAUGUCCAUAACCGCUUUUUUGAGGACAAACUCGGCGAAAAUGCCUCUGCAGUAUAUUAUUCAACAGCGUACUAUCUUGAUCCGAACACCAGCAUGUUUAUGAAUGAAUUUAACACCAUUGAAUUCAGUCCAGACCAAGUUGCCAGCCCACCCAAUUAUAUCAGGAAACUUAAGCAGAUUCAACAAUUUCCAGGCACUACUGGAAUGUUAUUGACUAUAGGGGUGCAAGGCCAUUUUUCACGCGGCGUGCCAAACAUUGCUUACAUGAGGUCAGGUCUAGAUCUUCUUGGUGCAACUGGACUUCCUAUAUGGCUCACUGAAAGUAGUGUGGAUUCUAAUCCAAAUCAGGCAAUGUAUUUUGAAGAGAUACUAAGAGAGGCUUACUCUCAUCCAGAUGUUGAAGGGAUUAUAAUGUUUGUAGGUCCAGCACAAGCCGGUUUCACCAACACACAACUUGCAGACGCAAAUUUUCAAAAUACUCCAACCGGAGACGUUGUGGACAAGCUUAUUGGUGAGUGGGGAACUGGAACUCAUACAGCCAUAGCAGACAGUAGAGGAAUGAUAGAUAUUUCACUACAUCAUGGAGAUUAUGAUGUAACUGUUACACAUCCUCUAAUCCGAUACUCCAAAAAACUGAAUAUAAGUGUAAGGAAAGGAUUUUCACCGGAAACCAUCCAUGUAAAAAUGCAUGCCUAAAAAGAUACCAACUUUUACAACUUAUACUGAAGCUAGCAAUAGUUAACUCUGUCAAUUUUGAAAGAUUAUAGUAAUAAAAUGGUUUGCACCAUCAA